AUGGUAAUAAGCCUCGUACGACAACAUAAAGCUAGACAUGGGCCUUUGUACGAGGCGAAAGCUGCAUACUUCGGUUGUCCGACAUCGCAGGAUGCAACCGAAUCACUGAAGACGUUCAGUGAAGACCGACAACCUUGGAAUACCGCUCCUGUCUGGGAUGCACAACGCCCUGAGGGCACCCAGACGCAAAAAAGUUCGUCCAAUAGAAGUCCAACACCAACUCGGACGGAUGUGACAGGUAUACCGAAUCCCACUGAAGUGAAUGGGUUGGAUCAUGGCACCAAACAGAAUCCCGUCCUGUUUCGUCGAACAAAUUUAGCGGAACCAUCCGGCGGUGUGUCAACGGACAAGGAUCGUGAACCAGCGGAACGAAGUACCGGUGGUCUACAAUCGCCAUCCAAACCGAUCACACUGAUCGCGUGUCAUCGGAAUUUGCUUGCUGUGGCCUAUCAGGACCAAGUCGGACUGUUCUUUUUGCGCGAUCCCAUCGGAUGGCAUCUAGUGUGGCUUAGUCCACCACUUCCUGCUCCAAUCGACCGUCUAGCACUCACUUCCAAAGCUCCACAUCCUGUUUCGCUUCCCACCACAGCGAUCAGUAGUGUGACCAACUCCACCGGUGCAUCUGUAUCUCCACCGGUUAAUUUUCCCAAUAAUCCAUUCACGGCUUCCACCAUGACCCAGUCUAACUCAAGCCAAUCCUCCACUGUUCAAGUUUCCGGAGCCAGCGUGAAUCCGAAUACCAGUUUCGGUGUCGGAUCCACUCUGGUUACAUCAUCGACUGUAACAACCACUUCCCUGAGUCCAGUAUCAUCUAAUCCCUGUACGACUGCCAUACACCAGCCGGUUCUUCCAACUGGAUUGAGCCUAUCGGUUCAACCUUCGAAUCGUAACAACGCAGGCUGUCUUGUGGCUGCCACAAUCGGUUCGACUAUCACAUUAUGGUGUGUUAAUUCUCCAUAUGGGGCUUCCACACCGGUGAUUCCCUGUGCCAUGGGGGCCGGUGGCGCUCCUAGCAGUAGCGGUGGUGGUGUGUUUGGUGUCGGUGGGUUUGACGCCUCAGUUGCCUCCAAUAAGUUGUAUUUGUGCACUUUGACACGUUUCUCACCGGAUGCUGCUCCUGGUCAGCCGGGGCAUUACUCAGCCCUGCCACGUGCGAAACAACCCUGGCCUAGCGAGCUUCGUUAUCUUAGGACCAGCGGCAGCGCUCGAGAAUGUGGUGGGUUUACCUCCUGGCAGGGGUUUCCCGCUCAAAGCAUCACACAUAUCUGUGGACAGCGCUGUGCCGUAUCAGGUGUGGCCCGUCACUUAAUAUGGCAAAGUUUUGCAGAAGAGACGAAUGAACCAAAUAUUAGCCACGGGCACAUCGGGAAUAUCGCUGCUGCCUUGUAG